GGGAGAUGGGGCAACGAACGCCGUUUCAUGAGCGUCUUCCGGUUUCACUCGCGUCUCUGGCGACCCGACCACAAGAGGAGGUGGAAAGGGAGGAGAGGCUGUCAUUGCAUCGUCACUCGAUUUGUUGUGUAGCACUUGACGGCGGCGCUUGAAACGGACGGCGCUUUGUAAUUACGCCCCGGCUGAUGGAUGCAUCUCACGGGAGACAGGGGGUCGAGGACUAGAAGGCGUACUACGUGCUGCGGUACAUGGGGCACAAGCGUGCUGCGUGCGUGUCCCAUUACGGAGGGAGGAUGGGUCGCGGCUUGGUUGAAUGAGACGUCUAUGGUGUUCUGGUGUAGGUUCACUCCCACGCCCAUCUCGGCGGGGACUUAUAUGAGUGUCUCUCUUUCGCCACCCGUCACCCGUUCACCGUUCCACGCCUUACAAAAUAUCGGCCAUUUCCCGCUGUCAAUUUCACAGCACUCCGUCUCUCCACAAAUGACCCGUCGCCAUUGCCUGCUCUGCUGUCCGUCAGAGCAGCAAAAACAAACAAGGGUGUCCCCUUCGUCGGGACCAAAAACCGGGCCCCGCGACAGGGACUGGCCUGGCAAAUGCCUGGCGCCUUUGGCCCUUUCGGAGCGAUUCAAGGCGAACCCAAUCUUGCUGGGCGAUGGACGUGUUAAAACUCGGCGGCCAAUGCUAAUUAUGUUCUCCAUGCCGCGUCGCCGCCGGACCGUCAAGAUGCGUAUGGCCUCCGCGUACCCGUGUUGGCCCCUUUCUGGGCUCGAUUUCCUGCGAGCCCCCAUCGAGACCUCCAGAUGCCUUUGGUGCUAUUCUUGUUCCUGAAGAAACUGCACCGCAUUUCUCGUGUUGGUCGGGCCUCCACUGCAGGGCCGGCUUGGCUCCGUCCGUCGCGAUUGGACGCCUCUUCGGUAGACGCUGGCACAGCCUGUGUUUCCCCAGCCAUUGCUUCGUCCUCCGUAAAAUGUACCCAGUCCUGGCGUGUCCUGGACAAGGGACCCAGACGUCAAAACAUUCAGCAGGACGGGGCUUUGGGAGGGCUGAGCAGAGAGCAAUCCUGACAAUUACG